AUGCAGGAACUCGAUCUGAAGGCGAGUGUGUACGAAAGUACGAGUUCCGUGAUUCACUUUGGAGCCACGAUUCGCAGGGAGUAUUCCGGACCAUCACUGAAUGGUUCCAGCAGUGUGCAGCUGGGAACACCACUUCCUGAUCGCGAAUCGUCUGACGUUGCAUUAUCCAGCGAGUCUUCUCAAGCUUUGACAAUUCAUGCUCGGCCAAACGCUCAAACGGGUUUCAAUUUAUCGAGUCUCCAAAAUGACACGAUUCCUUGGGCUUUGAACUCACUGUCUACAUCCAUCUCCAUAUUGCCAUUCUGGCAAUCAAUGGUCGAGCGGAAUAGCAACGGGCAUUAUCAUCUACACCUUGCAUUCACGUUACCUCCUCAAGUCGAUCCAUCUAGACUCCUACUUCCAGCCCCACAGCUGGCCCCAAGUGACCCGAAGAGGCUUACAAAUACGGAAAUCGAGCCCUCGCAUAGACGCUUCCAACUGAAAAACCUCCGCCAUACUCCCCCUCUCGACCUCAAAAAAGCCCUAACCCUCCUCUCAAACCCCCUCUCCCGCUUCCCCCACCCCCUCCUCAAAGCCAUCCUCUUCAUUGGCACCCAACCCUGGGGAAAACUGUGUCUCUAUUCCCUCGGUCUGCUAGCAUGCUACUACACAGGAACACCCAAAUUUGGAUUUCUAGCUAUCAAGGGAUUAUAUGGAUGGUUAGCCAAUUUGGGGAGUUGGUCUGUGCGGGGAAAUUUUGAUACCGUGAGGGUUUUGGGGGGCAUGAUGAAGUUUUUGGGGAGACUGACGAGUCCAGUACUGAUGAGGGCGGUGAAAAUUGUGGGGGUUUUGUUGAGGAAUGUGGGGUUGUGGGCUGUGAGGAGGAUUGUGAGACGGAGCUGA